CCCCUCUCCACCAUCCUCUCCCAAUUCACCUCCUCCCCCAGCACCACCCCAUUAAUCCACGAAGCCGGCCUCCCCGACCUCGCCCCCUUCCUCGGCCGCGACUUCACGGGUCAAGACGGAGUGAAAGCUUACUUCGAGACCAUGGGCGCGGCGCUACGCUACGAGGGGAUGCGAUUCGAGGAUGAAACGGACUGGGUAAUCGACGAGGAGAAAGGGUGUGUUUGUGUCCGUGGGUGGGCGAAAUUCAUUGCCAAAGAGACAGAAAUGGGUUGGGAUGAGGGGUUCGUGUAUAGGUUGAGGAUUGUGCAGGAUGGUGGUGAUGGGGAGUGGAAAGUGCAAGAGUAUAGAGUGUGGGCGGAUACGGGGGCGGCGUAUUUGGCUAUAACGGGGAGGUUGGAUGAUCUUGUUCAGCAGCGGAAGUAA